AUGAUCAACUCUUGUAGCUCCGUCUGCUCUGAGCAAGACUGUGGCCAAGGUCACUGCCAGGAGACCUGUUGCCAGCCCAGUUGCUGUGUAUCCAGCUGCUGCAGGCCCUGCUGCCAGUCUCUGUGCUGCCAGCCCUGCUGCCGCCCCAGCUGCUGCCGCCCUAGCUGCUGUAUAUCCAGUUGCUGCAGGCCCCAGUGCUGUACCUCCAGCUGCUGCCGCCCCAGCUGCUGCAUCUCCAGCUGCUGCAGGCCCUGCUGCCAGUCUGUGUGCUGCCAGCCCUGCUGCCGCCCUAGCUGCUGUGGUAGUUCUUGCUGCUGA